AUCCGGAACCAUCGCACGCGUUUCCUGCUUCCACACGGAACUAUUAUUGUGGGUGACGCAUUAACGCUGCGCUAUUGUCACUGCAUGCGAAUAAUGAUCAAUCGCAAACUUUCCGACAGUCAUCGAUUAUUGGAUAUUUACAGGGUUUCGUAUAUUUUUUAGAUGAUGAACUUCCUCCGCAACCGUCUGGUGGUGUUGGGGCUGGUGUUGCUGGCCACAGUGCUGCUGUAUCUGCUGCUGCCCUCCAUGCGGCAGGGGAGCAUGGAGCCGUCUCUGGAGGUGCAGCAGCGGAGGGGUCUGAUCGCCGCCUCUCCUCCUCCGCCGCCGCCGCCAAACAGCAUCAACAUCACGGUCAGGACCGGACAGCUGCCCGGGGACCCGCCGCUCUUCUUCAGAGAGGCUCUGCCUGUGGACAGCGCUGGGCGACAGAUUGUGCCCAGGCUGCAGAUGGUGCUUCUUCAUGGUCAGGCCUUCACCUCUAAGACUUGGGAGGAGUUGGGCACCCUCAGCCUGCUGGCGUCCAAUGGGUACCAGGCCCUCGCUCUCGACCUGCCCGGUUUUGGGAAUUCUCCGGACUCAGAGUCUGUAAAGUCAGAUCAGAGCCGCGUGGACCUGCUAAAGCGUUUUCUGGAAUCUCUGGGCGUGCGAGCACCGGUGUUACUGAGCCCGUCUAUGAGUGGCCAUUACGCCCUGCCGUUCCUCCAGAAACACAGCGCCCAGCUGCAUGGCUUUGUGCCCAUUGCCCCCGUGGGCACCCGCGGCAUCACCCCACAGCAGUACCGCGACAUCCAGACUCCUACACUGAUCAUAUAUGGAGAGUUAGACACCAACCUGGGCGCCCAAUCUCAUAAGAACCUGAUUCAGCUGCCCAAUCACACCGUGGUGAAGCUGGCAGGAGCGCGACACGCCUGUUACAUGGACAAACCCCGCGAGUUCCACCGCACUCUGCUCGACUUCCUCAGCAAACUCGAAUGAGGGACGGAGAGAGUGAGAACGGUUCAACAAAACAUGUGAAAAUGACUUUGGAAGAGACUGGGUGAAGAAAAAGACCGACGCGAGACAAGAAAAUGAUGAACAGGACUGCGGUGUAGCUGUAAAACCAGUCCUGAAACGUAACACAACACCUGAACGUUCUAUCAGCCAUCCACAUCAGCUCACUCCUUAUGAUUUCCCUGCGUGCACCAUCAAGAGAUUAGAUAUUAUAAUAUAUCAAACAAACAAAACUUCUGCAGAAUUACUAUAGUAAAGCUCCUUUUGUAGAUUGUAAGCAUUUCCUUUUAUCAGUUUUGACAUUGUUGCCUGUAAUGGCCUGACUGGAGGUUGUUACAUUUUCCAGCCUGAGGGUUGUUCUGUAAUGCUGUUCUCAUGGUUUCCAUGGUUUCCAGUCUGCUGAAUGUUCCUGUAACAACACAAUAGCCAUGGUUUUCAGUCUGAGAACUAUUCUGUAAUGUUGUUGCCAUGGUUUCUGUUCUGACAGAUGUUUCUGUAACAUAGUUGCCAUGGUUUCCUUUCUGAGAGAUGUUCUUUAAUGCUGUUGCCAAGGAUGUUCCUGUAACACAGUUGCCAUGGUUUCCAGUCUUGAGAGUUAUUCCGUAACGCUGUUUCCAUAGUUUCUGGUCUGACGGAUUUUCCUGUAGCAUAGUUGCCAUGGUUUUCUUUCUGAGGGUUGUUCUGUAUCACUGUUGCCAUGGUUUCCAGGGUGCAAAAUGUUCCUGUAACUCAGUUGCCAUGGUUUCCAGUCUGAAGAAUAUGGCUGUAACUUAGUUGCCGUGGUUUCCUUUCUGAGGGUUAUUCUGCAUCGCUGUUUCCAUAGUUUCUUGUCUGAGGAAUGUUCCUGUAACGCAGUUGUCGUGGUUUCUUAUCUUAGGGUUGUUCCCAUAAAAAUGGCUGCCAUGGUUUCCAGUCUGAGAAAUGUUCCUGUAACUAAGUUGCCAUGGUUUUCUAAGGGAAGUUCCUGUAACACAAUUGCAGUGGUUUCCAGUCUGAGAGUGAUUCUGUAAUGCUGUUGCCAUGGUUUCUGCUCUGACAAAUGUUCCUGUCACAUAGUUGCCAUGGUUUCCUUUCUGAGAGUUGUUCUAUAACGCUGCUGCCAUGGUUUCCAGUCUGAACCAUGUUCCUGUAACUCAGUUGCCAUGGCCUUCUUUCUGAGGGAUGUACCUGUAACACAACUGGCAUGGUUUUCAGGCUAAGACAUGUUCCUGUGAAUCAGUUGCCACGGUUUCCAGACUGACAGUUGUUCCUAUAACACAGUUGUCAUAGUUUCUAGUCUGACAGUUGCUUCCAAUAACAUGGUUUCCAUUCUGAGGAUAGUUCCGGUAACUCAUGUGCCAUGUUUUCUGGUCUUUGGCUGUUCCUAUAAUAGAAAUUCCAUGGUUUCAUGUAUGAGGGUUGUUUUUUUUUAAUACGAUUGUCAUGGUUUUCUCUAACAACGUGAAUCACGUAAUACCAAAAAUCAGUGUCAUGACUGCCAUAACCCUCCAUCUCAAAUAUGCUUGACAGAAGUCAUCAAUCCUACAAGAACAUCUCAGAGAAGAAAACAGUGUUUCUCAUUUUUGGUUUGAAUGGGUUUGUCUUAUCAUCUCGUGAAAUCAUCCAGAGUGUUCACACCAGCAGCUGGCACAUACAUACUACUGAAUGAAGCGUGUAAGUGUGUGAAUGACUCACCAUAUGGUUUUAGAAGUGCAAAAAUAGAGACAAAAGUUGCAGUAUUGGAAGCCUGUAAAUUGAGUUUUUCAUUAUCAGUAGUUGUCAGACUUGUACUGGCAGUAGAUUAUUCCUUGCAUUAAAUAGAACAUUUCCUGAGACUGCAGAGGAGAAAAAGUGUUCACUUAAUGGUGCUGGUAUUUCAUUACCACACCUAAAAAUGUAGGUGUUCAUUACAUAUUUAUUAUUUAUUGCUUAAAGCUUCUACAUGACAGAAAACGUAACGUGUGUGGUAUUUCUGUGCUGUGGUCUGUUGUUUUGUUUGUUUAUAGCCUGUAAAUCUGAAUAUAUUUUAGAGGACAGUGAGGCACCUCUGACAUCCCAAAUCUUCAACCUGAAGGGAUGCAUGGUACUGCAGAGCCAUGAAACAUACUUUUGUUCAAUGCAAAAUAAAGUUCAUUAACAUUAA